ACCCUCUCCGAAAAAAUCCAUUUCAAUUUUUUCAAAAAAUUUAAAAUUCCAUUCAACAAAAUGGAUAAAAGUGGCAAAUUCCUACUCCCCUCACCAAAAUUCAAAAAACUCGAUACACCACCAUCAACAAAUCAUCAUUUCCUAUCACCCCAAGGAAUCCAACUUCUGCCCAAAGAACAACAACCACCUCCAAUGUAUGGACGUCACGGUACCACAUUGCCACCCAAAUUCCUAAGUCCAUUAAAAGUUCCAACAACAAACAAUCAAUUCGAUCGAAAGCAGAAAUAUUUCUGUGAACCAUGCGAAGCUGAAUUCCACACAUCCACUGACUAUAAAGUCCACAAAAGCGAACAUGUUCACUGUGAAAUCGAUGAGUGUAAAUUUCGUGGUCAUCCUGCUUUCAUGGACACACAUAUUGGCCAACAACAUGCUACUGGACUUUAUGAUCAGUUGAAAAAAUUGAGUACUCCAGAAGAGAUUGCUCAAUGGAGGGCAGAUCGAAAGAAGAAUUAUCCAACUGUCGCGAGUGUCGAACAGAAAUGGAAAGCCCGUGAACAGCGAAUGAUUCGGGGAGAAAAAUUGGAAAUGGAGAAUAAGAAGAGAUUUGGAAAACGUUCUGAUCGAAGGCAAAUGAAGGGAGGGGACAGGUCGGAAGAGAAUGGGGAAAAACAAGAGACGAAUAAAAGAAAGCAAAAUAAAAACAAAAAUCGAAAUAAAAAGCAGCAAAGGGAUAGGAAAUUUGAGAAAAAGAAAAAAGAUGAAGUUGGGCCUCCACCAACUCCGAGGGAAGAGUUGUCAGUGGAGAUUGAUGUCCAGGAAGCUGCAAACUCUUGUGGUUUGCCAAUGUUCGGAGGAACAGGAGGAUUGGAAGGCUACCAGAAAGCCAAGAAGGUCGAAACAAAUGUCCUAUCAUCACUUCUAGGAAUGUAUGGCUCCGACUCAGAUAGUGAAGAUAAUUCCGAUGAGGAGAAGGAAGUUCAAAAGGAAACCAAAGUUGAUGUUGAUACUAAAUCAAUGGACGAAGUCAAAUCAAUCAUCAUUGUUGAUGAUUCCUCAGCAAGAACUAAAAUAUCAGAGUCGAAACCUGAGACUCUGAUGGAAACUGACGAAUUGAUGCCAAGAGAAGGAGUAAUCGAGAAAUCCCCAGAAGCACAAUCAAGUGAUGACGAAGGACCUGACGAGACUGCCAUAUCAAAGAGCACAAAUAUUCCCGACAAACCAGAGUCAAAACAAUCUCGAAAGAGGACCAAAUCGACAUCACAAGAAGCACCCACCGAACCCACUAAAGAGAAAGCAACAGAACCACAUUUGAGUGAAGACGAAGGACCUGAGGAAGCUGUCAUAUCCAAGGCUACCAACAUCCCCGAUAAACCACAAUCAGAACCUCCCCAAAAGAAGACUAAACCCAACCCUCCACCAAAAAGAAGAACCCUCUUGGACUAUCGAAAGCUGCGCCUUGGCCGACAGAACACAAUGCUCGAGAAGCUCCUGGAGGCGGACAUUCGUCACGAAAGGAAUGUUCUUCUCCAAUGCGUUCGAUUUGUUGUGGAAAACAAUUUCUUUGACAAACCAAAAUCAUCCUAAACUAACUUUUAUUUUGUUUUUCUUAGAAAUAAAAGAAAAUGUUAUAAACUUUAAA